ACCUCGAAAAGUCUCCUUUCCUUUACCAGCAUCAAAGCUAAAACCCCUUCAAAACCCCCUCAACCAACCAGCCCACAGAAAAAUCAAACGCAAAAGAAAAAAAAAAUCGUUGCAAAAUGGGAACUCCAGAAACCUCUCGGGAACCGUGCCCCGAUCGCAUCCUCGACGACAUUGGCGGCGCGUUUGGGAUGGGAGCGGUGGGAGGAUCGGCUUUCCACUUCCUCAAAGGCGUCUACAACUCGCCAACUGGUUCACGCUUCCUCGGCGGCUCUCAAGCCGUCCGUAUGAAUGCACCGCGUGUGGGUGGAAGCUUCGCUGUCUGGGGUGGUCUCUUCUCCGCCUUCGAUUGCACCAUGGUUUACGCUCGCCAAAAGGAAGACCCUUGGAACUCCAUCUUCGCCGGCGCCGCCACCGGUGGCUUCCUCCAGAUGCGCCAAGGGCUUGGCGCCUCGGCCCGAUCGGCUCUUUUCGGUGGGGUCCUAUUGGCUCUUAUUGAAGGAGCUGGGAUCAUGCUCAACAAAGUCCUCUCCGCCCAAGAAAAUAUGCCUGUAAUGAUCGAAGACCCUGGGCCUGGGGUUGCGCUCCCAAUGGGCUUACCGGGUCAGACCGCGAAUGAGGUUGGAUCUUCCUCGGAUUCGGGUUGGUUUGGAGGCUGGUUUGGUGGGGGGAAGAAGAAAGAGGAGGUUAGGAGCGGGGGGUCCGAAACGGAGAUUUUGGAGAGUUUUGAUGCACCGCCGGUGCCGACUUUUGAGUUAAAGUGAAAUGGAGCAUUUAAAGAGGUUAAAGUUUUUUAUUUUUGAAAUAGGAAACGAUAGGAUCCUUUAUUUUCCAUUGUUUUUUUUUUUUCUGUUCUGAAGAAUUUUUGAAGUAUAGUUGUAGCAUUGUAUAAUAAGUAAUUGGCGAUUUUGUAUUGUUUGAGGAGUCUAACUCAUAGUUUCAUAAAUUAGUAGUAGUAUUUUGCUGUA